UUCCUUCUUCCUAGUUGCGCAUUGUAUGAUACAGUCUUGCUGCUUUUAUAACUAUUUUUCUCUACCAAUUCCAUUUAUUAACAUUGAAAAUGUUUGCAAUUGUCGGGGCUGCCGGAAAAGUCGGCUUUGCAACGUCGCAGGCACUGCGAGAGGCGGGCAAGCCGGUUAGAGCAAUUCUACGUGACGCAUCAAAAGCAGCCAAGCUACGAGAGAUCGGUUGUGAGAUCUCUGUAGCCGACCUACAGGAUCCCAAAGCCCUCGCGGAGGUAAUUGGCAGUGCAGAUACGGUUCAGGUUAUCCUUCCACCAGCGCCACAGUUAAAGGACACCGCUGGACAGAUGAGACAAGCUAUCGAAAGCCUCGCCACUGCGCUUGAAGAGGCGCGACCCCAACGUGUGCUCGCAGUUUCUGACUAUGGUGCUCAUAUCACGGAUGAUAUUGGCAUGCCGACAAUGUGCCGUGAUUUUGAAACGCGGCUCAGCAAAGUUCCCGGCAAGAAAGUGUUUCUACGAUCUGCGGAACAUAUGCAAGGAUGGGGACGAGCUAUCCCAGCAGCCAAAGAGUCCGGUAUCCUACCAAGCUUUCACGACCCGGUUGAUAUGCUCUUCCCUACCAUUUCGGCUCCAGACCUUGGUUUGAUUGCUGCGAAUAUCUUGUUGCGGCCCGCUGCUGCGGAAGAUGUUGAGAUAAUCCAUGCUGAGGGUCCACGCCGAUAUAGCGCCAAUGACGCGGCCGCGGCUCUAAGCGAGCUACUGGGGAGGACAAUCCGGGUGGAAGCUGUUCCUCGCUCACAAUGGAAGGAAGCAUUUGAGCGAGUAAUGAGCUCAACUCUUGCUGAACUGCUAAUUAAGGCUAAUGACGCUCAAAAUAAAGGUGGUGUGGUCGACGUUGAGUCUGACCUCAGCAAAGUUCACUACGGCAAAACGGAGUUAAUCGAUGCGCUGCGACCUCUAGUGGAGUUCUACCUCUUGAGAUAGAAUCAGUAUAGACACAAGCUACAAUAGAAGUAGAGUUGGC